UCUAUGUCCAUUAAUAAAAGAGGUUUAUCAAAAGAAUUUCAAGAGCGAAUUAUUAAUGAUUUGGGCAUAGUGUAAUGUGAUGAUUUUCAUGAUGGUACAUGCUUGUAUGCAGCAUUUGUAAGAUUGCUUUAAUUGAUUCCUAAAUCAUACAAAUACUAUAUUCCCAUACAUUUAAUCCCAUUUCUUAUCUUCAAAAGGAAGAGAGUGAUGUAAAGGUAGAAAAUGAAAGAAUUUAUUAAGACCUAUAAAGACGAUAUCAGUUGCAAUUUAUAAUUAUGCUAAAUCAGUUUUAUUUGUAUCUCUUUAUGUCGCUAUUUGUAAAUAUGCCUUAUGUAAACUUAAAAAUAUUAGAUAAAAAGUUGAUGGUAAAUAAUAUAUUAGAUCUUUAAAGGUUGGAAUCCUGCUUUAGCAGCAUCAGUUGCUUGUUCAGCACUUUUCUUAGAAUCUGAAGGUAGAAGAUAAGAAAUAGCAUUAUUUAUAUUUCCUAAAUCAUUAGAAACUGCAUGGAGAUUGCUUAAAAAAAGGGGAUAUGUAUCUUCUAUUAAAGCAUGGGAAUUAUUCUUAUUUGGCCUUGCUAUGGGAAUUAUUAAUUAUUUCUAUCAUUAUGAUGUAAUAUUUUAUAUUCUAUAUUAGGAUGCAGCAAUCAAAUCCACAUAUUUAACUAUAUUUAAAAAUUUCUGGGGUUAAGAUUGAUUAAGUUACUAAUGUG